CUAAUCAAAAAUGAUCUGAAAUCAAAGUUUCAGAAUUUUCUCGAUAUUCAACUUUCAAUCCUCAGUGAAGAUCCUUCUAUCGUCAGUGGAGAUUCAGACCAGGAAUGCCUCUCGUGGCUCGAAAAACAAAGGCAUGCAUCAGUUGUAUACAUUAGCUUUGGCACAGUUGCAGAAGCACAACCUGAAGAACUGGCUGCAUUGGCAGAAGUACUCGAAACUGGUGAAUUUCCAUUUCUUUGGUCAAUGAGAGACAAUGCCAAGAAACUUCUACCAGAAGGGUUUCUCAACCGGACAAGUAAAUUUGGAAUGAUCGUGUCAUGGGCUCCGCAGCUGAAAGUUCUCGAAAAUCCUUCGGUUGGAGUACAUAUGACUCAUGGUGGGUGGAAUUCUGUCUUGGAGAGUAUAUCAUGUGAAGUCCCCAUGAUUUGCAAGCCAUUUUUAGCUGAUCAGCGUUUGAAUAGCAGAAUGGUGGAGCUUGUAUGGAAAAUUGGAGUCAGGAUUGAAGGAGGGGUUAUCACCAAAAAUGGAACAAUUGAAGCUUUACAUUAUAUAAUGUCAAAUGAGACAGGUAAGGCAAUAAGAGAGAACUUGAAUAAGCUUAAACAGAAGGCCGAAAAUGCUGUUAAAUUAGAUGGGAGUUCAACAAAGAAUUUCAAAGCAUUGUUAGAAUUGCUCAAAAGUUCAAGGGGGGUUUGAAUU